AUGUUUUCAUCGGUUGAAAAGAUCACUACCGAUAAAGGUAGCGUUUCGCCAGUUUAUCUCAAGACUCUACAAAGUCUAUUCAGCAAUAUCAAAUCGGCCACUUUUUCAACACUUCAUAAAGUGAGACCACAAGCUUUGGCCAAAUUCAAGCAUCUCACAUCACUCCAUUUAAUGCACGCACCCCAACGUGUUACUAGACAACAACUAUUGGAUAAUCUUCAAUCAGGUAUAAUUAAACUUUUACUGCCAGAUUAUGUCUCUAUCGUUUCUCAAUAUCGGAACUCAUUGUUCCUCCAACCAUUGAUUUAUUAUUUCGAUUAUAUCAAACAAUCUAAAGAUUUCUUAAAGGCCAAAUCAAUGUGUCCGAUACACAAGGAUCGUUUACCUAGUCUCUCUACAUACAGAGAUGAGAGUAUACUCAAACAUAUCAAUCAACGUAGAUUUGGAUUGACAUUGGCAUGCAAGAGAUUAUUUGAAUUUAUUUCAAAACAUCUUGUCGGUCAACUGGUACUCCCCUUUGAAGAUCUUCAUAAAGGGCACUAUUCAAAUCAAUAUUGUUUGAUGGGUAAAUCAAUCAAAACUCUCACAAUAGAGUUACCAGACGGCAAACAAAGAUGGGAUUGCCUUGGUCAUCAAUAUUAUUCAAAUGUACAACGUUUGGAGUUUGAACCCACCGUUUACAAUUUUAAAUUACCAAACGCCGACAAACUAUUCCUCUCACUGUCUCGGUUACAAUCACUCACCUCUUUGGAUCUAUCACAAUCAAAACUUGACGCAAUCAGUGGAGUAAUGCUCACCCAAUUAAAGAAUCUACAACUUUUAAAAUUAUAUUAUAAUUUUCAAUAUCAAUCAACUCAUUUGAUGUCAUUCCAAAGUUUGGUGUUAUUACCCGACAUCAAAGGCAGCCGAUGUAGAGACCAUUAUUAUUUGCCCCAUUCUAAUGACUAUCAUGACAACAUCCAAAAGAUCUCUAUCAGAGUGGUUGCCAAUAAUCGCUUGCACCACUACCGUCCUGCUAUUUCAAACGAAAUAGUAUUGAUGACACAAGAAAAGAAUACAUUUCAAUUUGUAAACAGAGAUAAUAAUAAUAAUAAUAAUAAUAAUAAUGAUGAUGACGAUGUAAUAUUGUUGGAUAGAGGAGAAGAGGAAGAGGCAAUAUCAACUACAAAACUUGUCAACGUUAUAACUAAAAGAAGAAAGAAUAACAAUAAUGAUGAUGAUAAAGUAAAUAAUAACAAUAAUAAUAAUCAACAAGAUAGUAAUAAAGAUGAUUCAACUUUAGCAGCAAAUGUACAAGAAAGAAAUCGAUUGAAUAAUAACAACAAGAGAAUUCGUGAUGACGAUGACAAUGAUGAUAAAGAAAAGUAUAAAAUGAUUGACAAUAAUCCUUUAUGUGAUUAUAACAAGGGAAUACUUGAAUAUUCAUUACCGUGGCCAAUCAUCGGUAGAAUACUCGAUCAACUUUGGACUGAAUCAUCUAUUUGUACUUGUUACUAUAGCCAUCAAUUUAUUGAUACUUUAAAGUCACAACCAGCCAGUAGCUUUGUUCCUCUCCAUUACUAUCAAAUGUGGCCAGUCUACCAACCAUUGAUGGAAGUGUACAAAGAGUCAAGAAUGAAAUGUCCAAUGCAUGUGUACCAUUAUUUGAAUGAUAUGUGUCCAUCAAUUAAUAUUGCCAAACCAUUUGUUCCCCAAUUAAACAACAAUGACCGAAACAAAUGGAGAUACCAACUGCUUGCACAGACAUUGUCUACAUACAAACAUCUCACAUCACUCAAUAUGACAGGUGUACCCUAUGGUACCGAUCAACACCAACUAUUGAAUAAUCUUCCAUCGGGUAUAAUUAAACUUUUACUGCCAGAUGAGUGGUGUGAUGAACCAAUCACACUCCCUCCCAAUCUAGCCAACACUAUUGAAAUUAGUAAUAUUAUUCCAGCAAUUCAAAUGCCAAACUUGCACACCUUUCACAUCCCAAUCACAUCAUACAACAUGUCCUAUUCAUUCGACCACCCAAAAGUUACAAAACUAGUACAUCAUUAUCGUUUCUCAACACUGGAACUCAUUGUUCCUCCAACCAUUGACACUUUAAAGUUUAGUAGACUUGCCAAUCCUAUUUUCCACGACAUCAACGCUGUUAUUAAAACCAAUGUUUUCGAUGCAUUGAAGGUCAGGAAACUCAUUCUAUUUGGCAAGUACGAAAUAUCUGAUACAACGAUAAAUGAUUUUAAAAGAAUUGGGUAUGAAUAUCAAGGAACUAUAUUCAAAGCAUCAUCAAAAAGACAAUUACACUUUAUUAAAACAACAACACCGCCAGAGAUAAUAAUUGAAACACCACAAAUAGUAGUACCAACAACAACAAUGCCAACAAUUUUCACCAAAAAUCCAACACUUCCCUACUACUUGAUUGAAAAGAUAGUCAGAUACUCUUGGAAUAGUUAUUAUUGUACUUGCGAGGUUGAACAUAUUUAUUUAGAUUAUAUCAAACAAUCUAAAGAAUUCUUAAAAGUCAAAUCUAUGUGUCCGAUACACAAGGAUAGUUUACCAAGUAUCACUACAUACAGAAGUGAAAGCAUCGUUGGACAAACCAAUCAACGUAGAUUUGGAUCGACAUUGACAUGCAAGAGAUUAUUUGAAUAUGUUUCAAAACAUCUUGUCAGUCGAGUGAUACUCCCUUUUCAAGAUGAAGAAAGAUCAAUGGUUCAUAAAGAGCACUAUUCAAAUCAAUAUUGUUUGAUGGGUAAAUCAAUCAAAACUCUCACAAUCGAGUUACCAGACAGCGAACAAAGUUGGGAUUGUAUGGGUCAUCAAUAUUAUUCAAAUGUACAACGUUUGGAGUUUGAACCAACCAUUUACGAAUUUCAAUUACCAAACGCCGACAAACUAUUCCUCUCACUGUCUCGGUUACAAUCACUCACCUCUUUGGAUCUAUCACAAUCAAAACUUGACGCAAUCAGUGGAGUAAUGCUCACCCAAUUAAAGAAUCUACCACUUUUAAAAUUAUAUUAUAAUUUUGUAGACAAUCAAUUUCUAUUUCAAGAAGAGGAUGAAAGUGAAAAUGAUAAAGAUGACGACCAAGAUCCACCAAAUAGAUGGCCACUUACACAAUUAUUGGAAGCAAUAUCAAUCAACUCAUUUGAUGUCAUUCCAAAGUUGGGUCGGUUACCUAAACUAAGAAGUUUAAGAAUCAUUAUAGAUCAACCAGAAAAGGGAGAUAUUGCAGAAUUGACCAACGAACAGCUUCAAUCAAUUCUUCCAUUAUGUAUCACCAAACUAUCAUUUGUUGACUACAAUAUUGCCAAAAUCAGCAAAUAUAAUCCUCGAGUAAAGGAACUGGUGUUAUUACCCAACAGGCAUCUCACACGUAGCUAUUCUGACGACCAAUUUUAUUUUCCCCAUGAUAAUGACUAUCAUGACAACAUCCAAAAGAUCUCUAUCAGAGUGGCUGCCAAUAAUUACCUAAACUACUUCCGUCCUGCUAUUGUAAACGAAAGUAACUUUCAAUUCAUUGGAACCUUUUACAACUAUGCUUCAUCGGAUAGAAUAGUUCGUCACAAAUGGGUUUAUUCAAGAAAGAGCUCAACUUAA